AUGGUCAGUAGAGAAACUCCCGCCAGAGGUACCCCUCCACCUCUGGGAAGCAUCGGUAUAGUCUUCACCGACAUUGUCAAAUCGACAAACAUUUGGGAGAAAGACGCCGGUGCCAUGAUCGAGGCCAUGAAACUGCACGAUGACAUGAUCAGGGGCCUCACGGUCGCAAACGAAGGCUACGAAGUCAAGCAAAAUGGCGAUGGCUUCAUGAUCGCCUUCCCGACCGCCACGUCGGCGGUGCAAUUCUGCCUCGACGUGCAGGAACAGCUCUUGGACGAGCGUUGGCCGAAGGAAAUCCUCAAGCUGCCACCUGGCCAGGAAACCAAGGACCCCGAAGGCCACGUCCUGUUCCGCGGCUUGCAACUGAGGAUGAGUGCCCACUGGGGAGAGCCUGUGAGCAAGUGGAACGAAGUGAUCCAACGCAUGGAUUAUCUCGGCCCUGUGGUCAACCGGGCCGCCCGGUUCAUUCAAGUCACGGAGGGUGGCCAGAUCGUGGUGUCAGAGGACUUUCUCCGCCAGCUGCAGAGCGAGUUGGAAACAGCCAAGCAGCAGAACGAGGCCCGGAAGCCGGACCAGGCAACUGAUGGAGAAGGCGAGCACCUCUCCCACAAAACAAACUCUCUGCCAGCGACUUUGGACCUGCGCAGCUUACGUAGCCAUCGAGACCAGAAGAACCUUACACACCAGCAAUUCGAGAUUCGGCCACUGGGAGACUACGAAUUUCAGGGCCUGGAAGACCCUCACAAGCUGUAUUUCAUUGUCCCCUGCUCACUUGGGGGGCGGGUCGACCACUGGCACCAGGUCGCGCAUGUGACGGGGGUGAAGGGCAAUGUUCGCUCACCGUAA